CGCCCCCCGCCCACACCCUCCUUCACUCGGAGCCGAGCGGAGAGCGACGACGCGGGGCGCAACAGGCGAGUGCCCCCGCCCGCAUCUUCUUCUUCUUCUUCUUCUUCUUCAUCUUUUUAUGAAUUUGGAGUGGAAAAGAAAAGACGACACAAAGUCGGGCUCCAGUCCGCUCGCAGCCAGCUCCGCGCACCACCCGCCCCACCCCGCGAGCGAGGAUGGAGGCCCUGGUCGCGGUGCUCAAGAGGCACCCGGGAGCGUCGGUGGUGCUCUUCUCGGCGCUCUUCAGGGUGGUCCACGGGCUCGUGCGGAAGCUCCCCCCGCCCGCGGCGGUGCUCCGGGACGACUUCCGAGCGUGGAAGUGGAGGAACCUCUCCGUGUCCAUGGUGCACUCGCUCGUGACCGGGACCUGGGCCGUCUCGAGUGCGUUGGUUUGGCCCGAGACGAUAAGCGACCUCCACUCUCACCACACGUCGCUGUCCUACCUGCUCGUGUGCGUUUCAACAGGAUAUUUUGUGCAAGACGCGGCAGACAUCAUCCUGACGGGACACGGAAAAGAAUCCUGGGAAUUCCUCAUCCACCACACGCUUCGGCGCUUUCCGGUGACGCCCAUGCCCGUCCUCCGCUGUGUUGUCAGGUGAUCUGGAGCUUCCUGUACGCACUCUACACGCAGCUGUACGUGGGCGGCGCGGUGGUGGCGCUGUUCGUGGAGGUGAACAGCGUGACGCUCCACCUGCGGCUGAUGCUCAAGCUGGCGGGCGCCGCCUCCUCGACCGCCUACCGCGUCAACAAGGUGCUCAACAUUUGCACCUUCGUGUCCUUCCGCCUGGCGCCGCAGUUGUACCUCACCUGGUACAUCGGGAGCAACUACUCGUGGCUGGACAACGCCUUCCUCUUCCUGGCCUCCAUGAUGGUCAUGAACGUCAUGAUCCUGGUCUACUUCUACCGCCUCAUCUGCUCCGACUUCUUUUGGCGCGGCGGCCACGCGGACCGCAACGGCACGCGCGACUCCAAGAAGUUCCUCACCGAUUGAGCGACGCCUUUGUUGUAGCUGUUUGGAGCAUUCUGGAGAUGGUGCAAAGUCUGAAUUCGGUGGUUGCGAUGCUUGCUUGAAUACGUCUUGGGAUCCUUUUGAUAUUUGCGUAACACUCGAAACCUCAAAGAUGAGAUUUUAUGCAUUUUUCUUUCACCAUUUACAACCGGUUCACACACAAGCCGUACGCUCGAGAUUGUUCAGGGUUCGAACCCCGGCUCUCCUUGGGUUUUGCCGGCUCUUCCGCCUUUCUCCCAAAACACGGCUAGGCAACGGUUGCCUAUGUCAUACAGAGCUUAUGUGCAACCAAAUUGCGCAUUGGGCAAAAGAGAGAGUCCGAAGCACUUCCUUCCGGUUCAGGUGAGCGGCGGAGCCCAAUGGCGAAGUGCCUGUGGAAAUAUUGAACAUAGACGCUAUCGUUUGUUUUACACAAGAUGUCUUCAAGAGCUACCAAAGACGACCAUAUCCAAUGUUCAUGUUUACGUACGGCAUGUUAUACAUUUGAAAUCAAUCAUAUCGAGUGGCUGGCACGGUGGGCGACUGGUUAGCACAAAUCGCGGCCCCGCCUGCGUGGAGUUCGCAUGUUCUCCCCGUGCCUGCGUGGCUUUUCUCCGGGUACUCCGGUGUCCUACCACAUCCCAAAAACAUGCGUGGUAGGUUAAUUGAAGACUCUAAAUUGCCCGUGGGUGUGAGGUUUUUUUUUGUGGCGUGGGGGGGAGGAACCUGUCCCGAAAAUGCUUAUUGGCGGUAUAUCCCCGCUUAUUGAAUACUUUUUGGGGGUUAUCCCCCCCCCCCCCAAUAUGUGCCUUUGCGAAUUCCCAUGACCUGGGUGUGCCAACGUGAAAACGGCUUUACAGUUAACCGUGAUGAGUAAGGGCGGAGCCAGUUGAUUUGGGAGUGGCGAAGCGCAUGCGAGCCUCCAUCAAAACUCAUAAAAGCAUUGAGUGCGUUUUCGCUCGUGGCGGCAGCACUUCAUCCAUCACCGAGCUUCCGAUAUGACACUUGGCAUUUUGCAGGCCCAAGUGUUUGCGUAAAGGCCAUAAAAAGUCCUUUUUCUGUGAUAUGUCCUCUGUCUUCUUUGUUAGCUGUUAGCUUAGCACACAGACACCAGUUGAGAAUUCCAAAAUGGAAAAGUCCGCGCUUUCCUCUUUUGUGUCUUUCAGGGUACCCGCAGGUCGUAAGUCUGGAAUGUCUGCAAUAAGUGUUCCUGUUUUCCCACAUUUUUACAAUGUUUACCUUUUUGAUGUCUGUCAAAUGUUGAUCUGAACGUCCGCAAGUGCACAUUCGAGCUAAGACGCGUUUCACUUAUCCCAAAAUGAUGCCAUAAAUCAGCCGUCACCCAAAUAUUACAUUGUUAUUUGAUUUCAAGCAAGUUAACAAUGACAAGUGCACGGACUGAAAUGAAGAUAGAAUAGCUGACCUGUACAGCAGUGCCUUUUAAAAACACAACAAAUUAGUUCGAGUUAGUGCAGAAAUUGCUUUGAUGCCAUUUUGUUGUUUAAUCACUAAACACUCGACUGUGACAAUAAUGUGUGUUCCUAUGAAGUGACGACAAAUGUGUUUUGAUUCGGAGUGAAACUACUAAUUAAACUUGCUUAAUAAAAAAAAU